AUGUCGAAGAGAGAAGCAAGCCAAAUCGCCGCGGCGGCAGGCGUCGACAUCGACGCACCGCGCGCCAAGCGACGGAGGGAAGUACCUGCGAGCACAGAUAACUCGGGAGUGAAAGCAGAGCACGCUUCACCCGGUAGCAACGAUAUAUCCAAGCCCAAGACCGAGGGUGAAGAUGAUAAGGGCAUAAAGGAGGAUCCCGAGCUCGUUAAGGAGAAGGGACUCAAGUUGUGGCAGACCGUGAAGGAUGCGGUUAACAAGGAGGGCAGGCCACUAUCGCAUGAUUUCAUGCGCUUGCCAUCCAAACGACAGUAUGCGGAUUAUUACCAGCAGAUUAAGCGACCCAUUGCGCUCGACGACAUUAAAUCUCAGCUGGACAUUGGGGCAUAUCAGUCCUUUGAAGACGUCAGGCAAGAUCUCGAGACGUGCUUCCGCAACGCGAAGCGAUACAAUAUGAAAGAAAGUCAGAUCUGGAAGGAUGCCAAGUCCUUACAUAAACUCGUCACGAAGGAAUACAGUAAGAUGACUGGCACAGUAGAUGAGGGUGGAGAAGACGCCGACGAUCAUGCUGCUGGUUCCGACGAUGAAGGGACGAAGAAGAAGAAACCGCCAAACCUCACCCGGCUGCUGAAGACCCGGUUGCAAAAAGUCGCGGAGAAGACAGACGAGGAAGGUCGUGUGCUGUCGACUGAAUUCAUGGAUCUUCCCAAUCGUAAGCAAUGGUCCAUCUAUUACAAAACGAUUAAGCGGCCGCAGUGCCUCGAGAAUGUUUUCAAACAUCUCAAGCGUAAGGAAUACCACACUUCCCAAGAAUUCGCCAAUGAUGUCGAACUUGUCUUCUCCAAUGCUCUUGAGUUCAAUCAGGAACAUACUCCGAUAUGGGAGGAUGCUCUGACUCUACGGGACUACUUCCGACAGUUGAUGUCUGAUCUUCCCCCACCGCAUGCCAUACCUGCCUACUCACCCGCCGAAUCCUCUGGGAAGAUUAAGCUGAAGGUUCCUGCUGUGUCCUCAAGCCAACUGCCGGCGCAGCCGCCGACCGAUGCAGCACCGUCUUACUCUGUACAUUCGUCUGGCACUCUACGAAUACCUGCGCAGCAUGCCGCCGCCACUAACGGUGCUACGUCACAAUCGAACGCUGUGCCUGAACAAUCAAAAUCUCCCGUGGUUGUGCCAAAGCUUCAGCCGUCGGCUGUUUCCCAUCCAGCUCCACAAAAUGCAAUCACGCCCAUAAACACGGUCGUUCCAGCCCCCGUACCGGCCGUUGCACAGCUGAGAGGUUCGACAGCAACACCAAACACCAACAUGCAGUCUAACGGCUACCCUUACAACUCUGCGUAUACGCAUCACUACCCGAACACCUCCUACCAUCCCAAUGUCACGCCUAUUGCCCCGGCCGCAGUAUCGACAGCGGCGCCCGCUCCGAGCACCCAAGCAAUCCCAGCCUCAACGCCGGCACCAGCCGCUUCGACAUCCCAGAUGCAGACGCCACCGCCUCCAUCACGCCGACAUCCGCUGAAAUGCGCUACCCUUGUGACAAAGCCGCUUGACAGGCAUCUGGUACUCAAUCACAAGGAUGGCGUCAAAGUAUGGGCGAUGCGCCUCUCAGGGGAGACUGGCGUACGUGUCACCGGCUUGGUGCUUGUGUCACACGGAGAGGACGAGGAGAGUGGCGAGGAGGAGGAGAUGGAGCAGCAGGAGGAAGAGGAGGAAGAGGAGGAACAGCCUAAGCCCAAGCGUGGUCGGGGCCGGCCAAGGAAGAAAUCGAAGCCUGCAGAGCCUCUGAAGCCGGCGGACAUCCCCAAAGCCAAGAACAAGGGCAAAUCCGUAGCGAAUGCGGCGUUCACUCUAGAGCAGUUGGAACUGAAACUGAACGGCGUGCUUGUGACGCGAACACCGGAAUCUAACGAGGAUUGGGACAUCGAACUGCCUGUUGGAAUGAAUGUGGUCGAGCUGGGAGAAAAGGGAGGGGCACCGUGGAGAAUAUACCUGGACAGACUUAAUCUAUGA